AUGCUUAUCUUCAAGGAUAUCCUCAACGAUGACGAGCUCAUCUCCGACUCCUACGACCUCAAGGAGGUCGAUGGCAUCGUCUACGAGGCUGACUGUGCCAUGAUCGAGGAGGGUGGUGUCGAAGUUGAUAUCGGUGCCAACGCUUCCGCCGAGGAGGCUGCCGAGGAUCUCGAUGAUGCCAAGGUCAAGGUCAACAACAUUGUCAGCUCCUUCCGUCUCCAGAGCACCACCUUUGACAAGAAGAGCUACUUGGCCUACCUCAAGGGUUACAUGAAGGCUAUCAAGGCUGCCCUCGUGGAGAAGAAUGCUCCCGCCGAGGAGAUCAAGGCUUUCGAGACCGGCGCCCAAAAAUUCGUCAAGGAGACCCUCCUCCCUAAGUUCAAGGACUUCGAGUUCUUCACCGGCGAGUCUAUGGACCCCGAUGGAAUGGUUGUCCUCCUCAACUACCGUGACGAUGGUGUUACCCCUUACACCAUCUUCUGGAAGCACGGUCUUAAGGAGAUGAAGGUCUAA